CAACUGGUCACAGUCAGCCGUGAGUUUCACGGCUAACGGUAUCCAUAUUGACAUUGUUACACCUUAAUUAUUUUGCUGUCUUUUAAUUUCAUUGAAAAAAGUAACAAAAUGUCGGACGCUAAGAAGAAUCUGUUGCUGUUCUUCGACCGGCCGACGGAGCCCUGCUUCAUGCAGAAGGGCGAAGAGAAGACAUUCUUCCGGAUGCCAAGCAAUUUUUAUCCCGAUAAGUACAAAUCGGCGAGCAAUGUCCUCGAGAACAGAUUCAGCGACGGUGCGUCCCGCACCAUCGAGGUGCGCAACAUCGCGCUGCCCAAUCUCUCCCUCCCCAUGGAGCUGCCCUACAACGACCAGUUCUCACUGUUCGUGCCCAAGCACAGGAAGAUGGCUGGGAAGCUGAUCGAUAUUUUCAUGAAUAUGCGUGACUUGGAAGACCUGCAGUCCAUCUGCUCGUUCUGCCAGAUGAGGAUCAAUCCGUACAUGUUCAACUACUGUCUGUCCGUCGCUAUAUUGCACAGAGAUGAUACCAAAGGUCUGGACAUCCCUACCUUCGCAGAAACGUUCCCCGACAAAUUCAUGGACCCCAAGGUGUUCAGACGCGCUCGGGAAGUGAGCACUGUUCUGAACGCUGGAGAUAGGCUGCCAGUCGUGAUCCCGCAGAACUAUACGGCGGCGGAGUCAGAGCCCGAGCAGCGCGUGGCGUACUUCCGCGAGGACAUCGGCAUCAACCUGCACCACUGGCACUGGCAUCUCGUCUACCCCUUCGACGCGGAGAACAGAGCCGUCGUCGACAAGGACCGGCGCGGGGAGCUCUUCUACUACAUGCACCAGCAGAUCGUCGCCAGAUACAGCGUUGAGCGAAUGUGCAACGGCUUGAACCGUCCACGUCGCUACAACGACUUCAGGCAGCCCAUUGAGGAAGGGUACUUCCCCAAGCUGGACUCCCAAGUCGCCAGCAGAGCCUGGCCACCGAGGUUCGCGGGAUCCACCAUCCGUGAUUUGGACCGUCCUGUGGACCAGAUCAGGAGUGACGUUUCUGAGUUGGAGACCUGGAGGGAACGCUUCGUCGAAGCCAUCGAAAACAUGGCUAUCGUUCUGCCGAACGGUCGUCAAAUGCCGUUGGAUGAAGAGACCGGCAUCGAUGUGCUCGGGAACUUGAUGGAGUCGUCCAUCAUCAGUCGCAAUCGCGGAUACUACGGGGACUUCCACAACAUGGGGCACGUCUUCAUCUCCUACUCGCACGACCCCGACCACAGGAACUUGGAACAAUUCGGAGUGAUGGGAGACUCCGCCACGGCCAUGCGGGACCCGAUCUUCUACCGCUGGCACGCCUACAUCGACGACUUGUUCCAUCUCUACAAGAGCAAGUUGCCCCCCUACCCACAGGAAAAGCUCGACUUCCCCGGCAUCCGCGUGUCGGGCGUCGGCGUGCAGGGCGCGGGCGCAGACAACGAGCUGCGCACGCAGUGGGAGCAGAGCACGGUGGAGCUCGGCCGCGGACUGGACUUCACGCCGCGCGGCAGCGUGCUCGCCCGCUUCACGCACCUGCAGCACGACGACUUCACCUACGUGAUCUCGGUGAACAACACGAGCGGCUCGGGCGCCAUGGGCACAGUGCGACUGUUCGCGGCGCCGGCGCUGGACGAGGCCGGCCGCGCGCUGGCCUUCCCCGAGCAGCGCCGCCUCAUGAUCGAGCUCGACAAGUUCACGCAGUCCAUCCCAGCUGGCACGAGCACCAUCCGCCGCCGCAGUUUGGACUCGUCGGUAACCAUCCCCUACGAGAGAACCUUCCGCAAUCAGAGCAACCGGCCCGGUGACCCGGGUUCCGCGCAGGCCGCAGAGUUCGACUUCUGCGGGUGCGGCUGGCCGCACCACAUGCUCAUACCUAAGGGCACCCCGCAGGGAUACCCUAUUGUGCUCUUCUGCAUGAUCUCCAACUGGAACGAAGAUAGGGUGAUGCAAGACCUGGUGGGCGCCUGCAACGACGCGGCGUCGUACUGCGGCAUCCGCGACCGCAAGUACCCCGACCGGCGCCCCAUGGGCUUCCCCUUUGACCGGCCCGCCGCUGCCGCCAGCCUGGCCGACUUCCUGACGCCCAACAUGGCCGUGGCCACCUGCACCAUCCGCUUCACGGACGCCACGCGCCAGCGCGCUGCGCGACGGUAAGCCGCGCCGGGAGGGGGGACGCUUGGGAUCGUUUAUCUGUUCACUGUGCCAAUCGACACCGAUCAAAAUCUUACUGCAACGAUCUUGAGAAAGAGAGAGCUUGAGAAAAAAUGUCGACUUAAAUCUUGGUGAUACUGGCAACAUUCUUUGCAGGCUAAAAAAGGGAAAGCUGUUGCCAGUUUUAAAAAUAAGAGUAAUUGUUUAGUUUUUUAAAAAGAUAGUUCUACGAGCACAUCCCUAGUAGUCCCCUGUAUUUUUCAACAAUAGUCCAGUAACGACAGUCAACAGCUGAGCUAUUGAAUUGUAGAUCUAAUGAAGUAAAGCGAGUCAAGCGAUCCUGCGGGUGCUUGGACUAUGGACCGGGAGACAUUGAUGCUCUUAUUCGGAAACCAUAUUAUUAUAUCAAAUGCGAUCACAAAAAUCAUAUAUUUUAGACCGAAUGGACUAUUCGAAUAGUCCAGUCGUCAAUAUUCGACUAAUAAUGAUGUAAUAUAUUCUUCACGCGACAUGGUCAAUUAUUUAACUUUUGUAAAUGUUGUUACUGGAAGACUUGGCAAGGAAAAUGGAAUAUGGAUUUAUUUUAGGUUUAAGUUUAGGGUCACUUGUUAUAGUUCGUUAUGUCUAAGCUAUGUACAUAUGUAAAUACUUUUUAAUUCAUAAGACUGAAUAAAUUAGCCUUUCACCAA